UCUUCUCUCCUCUCCUGCCUACCUGCCCCCCUCUCUCUCUCUCUCUCUCUCGAUCUCCUCCUCCAUCGCGCCGCUUCCUCGCUUCCCAUGCAGCCCGACGCCGACGCCGACGGCCCCCCUGCCGCGCCCGCGGAGGAGGAGGAGGCGUCCAUGCCCAAGGCCGUCGUGAAGGAGGAGCCACGCCACGACGAUGCGGCUGCGCCUGCGGCGGAGGAGGAGGAGGAGGUGGUGGUGGAGGAGGAGAGGGAGCAGCAGCAGCAGCAGGAGGGGAGGAGGAGGGGCAGGGGGAGGAAGAGGGGGAGGCGAGGCGGCGGCGGCGGCGGCGGGGCGUCGUCGAGAGGGGUGGUGAUGGUGAAGCGGGAGCUGCUCGCCAGGUGCAUGACGUGCCCACUCUGCAACCGCCUCCUCCGCGACGCCACCACCGUCUCCGAGUGCCUACACACCUUCUGCAGAAAGUGUAUAUAUGAGAAGUUGAAUGAUGAGGAGGUAGAGUCCUGCCCGGUUUGUAAAAUAGAUCUUGGCUGCACUCCAGUUGAAAAGCUUAGGGCUGAUCACAAUAUACAAGAUGUAAGAUCGAAAAUAUUUCCAUUCAAAAGAAAGAAGAUUAGGGCCGAAGAAGUUGCAGCUCCUAUUUUACUUCCCAGUAAAAGGAAAGAGAGAUCUAUCUCUUCUUUGGUAGUUGAUGCACCUAUAGUGACACCAACAGGUUUGACUGGGCGACGGACAAGAGCAGUUACAAGGAAAGCUGCUGCCUUGCGUCUUGUUACAGAUGAUCCUGUGAAAAAGGAAACUGAUAAUGGUGAAAAGCAUGCUCAGAACUCAAGCUUGUCCGCUAAUUCGGGCAAAGUGCCACAAACAAGAAGACAGAUGUUGGCCAAUGCAGAGACAUCAAACCAUUCCUCUAAUAAAGAUACCGAAGGUGAUCGCAAGGAUCUGGCAGAUAAGGCUGAUGAGCUCUGGAGACCUUUAAAUUGUUUGGUAGAAGCCGCAAACAGGACAAAAUCGUUCAGAUCAAGUUCACAGAGUCCAAUUGUUAAGAGAGAGCAACUGAGUGACUCUCUUGGGAGCACAUCUGUUAACAAAACAAAAUCUAGGGAACAUCUGCAGAAAUCCAAAUUAGAGGAUGACAAGAAAGAUGUUCCUUUGCUAAAAAGGAAAAAUCAAAGGACUGGGCGGAGGAGAGAACUUCAUGCCCCAUCCGAUAAAAAGCCUGACGUUGCAGCUAUGCAAAAUGAAAAGAAGUUCAGUUCUAUAUGGUUUUCGCUUGUUGCGUCAUUUGAACAGGAAGGAGAGCCACCUUUACCACAAAUACCUUCCCAGUAUUUGCGAAUAAAAGAUGGAAACAUACCUGCCUCAUCAAUCCAGAAGUACCUCAUGCAGAAGCUCGGCCUUCCUAGUGAGGCAGAGGUUGAAAUAAAUUGCUGCGGACAGCCUGUGAACCCUACACAACCUCUGUGCAAUUUAGUAGAGCUGUGGCUGAGGGGACGAUCAACACAGAUGACACAGACCAUGAUAGGCUCCCCUGCCAAAGAGUUUGUAAUGGUGCUUACUUAUGGACGGCCAAAGGCCAUUGCACCAUGAAUGGCUACACAAGGCUCAACCAUCUUUUCACUGAAAGGUGGGUCCCGUUUCCUGCUUAUUGGCAGCCAUUUGUUGGGCCAAUGGAAGAAGAAGAGGUCAUCCAAGAUAAGCCUUAGUACCUGAUACAUACAUAGGCUCGCAAGUCAGAAUGUGGCUGGCUCAGCUGGCAGCCAGCCCUUGGCGUCGCAUUCAUGAAUUCAUUGAUGCUAUUCGAUUCCAUUAAGAUGUCUUUUUCUUACACUAUUUAUUAUACAAAAAUGUGUAAAGAUUAACAAAAAAAUAUGGCUGUGAAUUAUACCUGUAGGCAUUGUUGAUGUUUAGGUUGGUUAUAGAGAGGCAUUUGCUUUGUAAGAGAUGACUAGACUGGAUUGCAAAUUGUCUUUGGGCCGUAUUAUUAAUUUUUGUAACAGUAGAUCUCUAUCUUUAAGCUCGUCGAAUGGAAACAGUUUCAUGACUAAUAUCUUUAGAAGCAAGCACUCGUA